AUGAAAGAGAACCAAGAAGAUCUCAUUAAAGCAAUAAACUCUCCCAGUUUUGAUUUAUUGAGCUGUAUUGAUUACUUGAGGCGUUACUCGACUGAUAUCGGUAUUCAAUUUUACUUGACCAAGAAAUUGAAGACUUUCAAGUAUGAAGACAUUGAAUUCUUAAUCCCCCAAUUUCUUCAAAUCUUGGUCUCUUUCGAGACUACUUCAAUGGCUGUCGAAGAGUUUAUAAUGGAAUACAGCGAAGAGUAUCCUCAUUUCAGCUUGAUUGUUUUUUGGAACUUGCAAGCUUUCGUGUUCGAAUUGAAGGACAACCCUAACUCAUAUUCUUUUCAGAUGGUCAGAAGUCUAGUUAACAAGCUUCAGGAUAUUUUAUUUAAUGCUGAAGCCAAUACACUGAGACUCGAAUUCCGGGAAAAUUUACAGCCUGCCUUGGUUUUAUGCGGUGCCCUUGCCGCUUCGUUUGGUGUUCCCCUGAUUCACGAUUAUGCCAAGCCAAUAAUUGAAGCACAGGCAAGACAGCAGAAGUCGUUCGUGUUUAGAUUGGCAAAUUUCCAAAAAUCUCUCACUAGAAACUUGACCUUGAAGAAUCGAAAGCUUUCUGCAGAGUCAAGAGCAGUGCAUUCUGACGAUGAAAAGGCUACACCUACUACGAAGAAGAGCAUUAAUCAAGAAAGACACUCCGAAUCGUCUACAAGAAUAAAGAGACUUUCAAUGCAAACAUUGGCUUCUGAUGAAUCUGAAUUCUAUACUAGUGACGAAGACGAACAACCUUCAAAAUCAAUUAGAAGAAAAUCUUCUUUAAAUGAAAGUGGGUCCCGGAACUCGGAAAGCAUCAGUUUCAUGCACAAUAUCGAAAGUCGCUUAGAUGUGAAUUCAGUACUUAAAAAGAAAGGGGACCAAAUUAAAAGAAUACUGGACCAACAACACCAAUCAUAUUCAAUGCCCGACCUCAGAUCCUCCAAUCUAUCUGGUUCAAUCAGGCCAGCUCUAACCACUGCAGUAUCCGAAAUCACGUUUGACACAUAUUCGGAUGGUGAGCCUCAUGAAAAUGAUGAUAAUCACACGGAAAAGGUGGAUCCGGAAAGACUAUUGAAGAUAAACUACUCCAAAAAGGUUACCGAAUUUAUUCUUGCACUUCAAAAUGUUUCUCUCAGACUCUCUCAGCUACCAAAGGAAGCAAGAUUAUCAGCACUUAGAGCUGAGCUUUCCAUUAUUAACGAAACAUUACUCCCGUCAGAAGUUGACAUCCCUCAAUUACUACCUGUUACAAGCACGAAGAAGAAAUUCCACAAAAUCCUCAAAUUAAGUGUUAAUGAGGCAUGCGUCUUGAACUCUGCAGAAAGAGUACCAUUUUUGAUCUUCGUGGAGUUUUUGAGUGAUGAAUUAGAUUUCGAUCCGUCAAGCCUCCAGAAUAAGCGGAUACUCGAAAAUCGAACCAAGCAGCACAAAAAGGGUUAUCCCGUCUCGAAGAACACAAUGGAGAGAUCUCAAGUAACGGAUGAGCAACAGGAUAUGGCGAGCGCUUUAUUCCAAGUGGAAACGGAUUUGAGUGACUUAAAAGUAGUGUCUAAAGAUAAUUCCAGUUAUGAUUUGACGAAUUUUAACUCAGGAUUUGAGUUUAUUGGCAAGCGUCCUGACAAGACUCGGGGCCAGAUCGACGUCAAUGCCAAAGAUAAGGCAGAUCAGAUGAGGAUCGCUGCCGUAAUGUUACAACAGCUUGAAAGCUCUGGACAAGCUACUUCUGAGCAAUCUUCUGCUAUCAAAGAAAGAAUUGUCAAGUCAAUGAUUGAUUUGCAAGAUCAAUUUGAGUCAAUCGAUUAUGAUAAAUACAAUGAACUCAAGGGUACAGAUGACAAUGCAGGGGAGAGAAAAUUAGAAAACGAUUUCAAACUUGCAGAAGACUGGAAAGCCAAGAAGCAGAGAAUUCGAAAUGCGAGCGUGUAUGGUCAUCUUCCUAACUGGGAUUUAUGCUCUGUCAUUGCAAAGAAUGGCUCAGAUCUUCCACAAGAAGCUUUUGCCUGCCAAUUGAUAGCUUUGAUCUCGAAUAUUUGGACAAAGAAAAAUAUCCCCAGCUGGACAAAGAGAAUGAAGAUCUUAAUCACUAGUGCUAAUACUGGACUAGUUGAGACUAUAACGAAUGCAAUUUCCAUACACUCAGUAAAGAAAUCCUUAACUGAGAUUUCGAUUGCGGAAGGUGAGAAUACUAAGCGAAGAAUUUUCACGUUGAAGGAUUAUUUUGAGAAAAUUUUCAAUGGGAGUCAGUCUUCAACAUAUAAAAGGGCCCAAGAGAACUUUGCAAGAAGCUUGGCAUCAUAUUCUAUUAUUUGCUACAUGCUUCAGAUUAAAGAUCGCCACAAUGGAAACAUAAUGUUGGAUAAUGAAGGUCACAUCAUACACAUUGAUUUUGGAUUUUUACUUUCUAAUUCUCCCGGAAGUGUUGGCUUUGAAGCGGCACCAUUCAAACUAACGAUGGAGUAUGUUGACUUGCUUGGUGGUUUGGAGAGUGAAUUAUUUUUAUAUUUCAAGGAUAUUUGCAAGAAGUGUUUUUUAGCAUUGAGGGAGCAUAGUGAGCAAAUUAUUAACAUGGUUGAGAUUAUGCAAAAAGAUUCGUCAUUGCCAUGUUUCAACAAUGGAGAAAGUACAAGUGUCCUAUUGAAGCAGAGACUACAACUUCAACUUAACGAGGAAGAAGCUUGCGACUUUGUUGAAACAGUCCUUAUUGGGAAAAGUUUGGGAAGCAUGUACACAAGAUUGUACGACCAAUUCCAGUUGAUUACCCAAGGAAUCUAUAGUUAG